GUUUAGUUGUGUGUGUCUUUUGUUGUAGGAGUGGGUGGUAGGUAUGCAUGAGAGGUGUGUGUAAUGUGUUCAUAUAUAGUGUUUGCAGUCUGGCUAGUUUUAAAUCACUCUCACAGUCCAAACAGCACAGAUUUCAACACAAAGGCCUGACUGAAGAAGAGGAUCUUGCCAUGCCCAGUGAUGAGAGGCAGGCCGUAUUCCAGGCGACAAAAGUUCGAAACCAUUUGAAGAAUGAUGGAAGCUGGAUCAACAAAUCUCAAGAUGUUCAGGACACACAGUCAGAUGUAAAAGCACGUAAACCAAUAAAGCUAGUGAAACCUAAAAAUGAUUCAUCACCUGAGAGCAGUUUGGCUUCUCCCUCUAUCAAUCCAUGUGCAGAGAGUGCCGUCACCGUCUCCUCCAGCCAGGACUCCUCCAUACCUCCUCAAAGCUCUUAUGUUAUGUCAGCCUUAAGGAAGUUUGAGCCAAAAGAAAACACACCAGUCAGGAAUGGUUCCAAUCUGGCCAAAAGUGCACAUCCUGACAUUGAGGACUCCAGAAGAGCACAUGUAGAGGAAGCAGCAAAGACAUCCAUAGUCAAACCCGCAGAGCAACCACCUGCAGAUGUUCCUGUAAAGGACAUAGUGAAAAAACCUAUCGUCAAACCUGUAGAGGAACCAUUGAAGACACAUGCAGACACUCCUAAAAUGAAUGAAGUGAAGAAACCUAUCGUCAAACCUGUAGAGGAACCAUUGAAGACACAUGCAGACACUCCUAAAAUGAAUGAAGUGAAGAAACCUGUAGUCAAACCUGUAGAGGAACCAUUGAAGACACAUGAAGACGCUGCUAAAAUGAAUGAAGUGAAAAAACCUAUCGUCAAACCUGUAGAGGAACCAUUGAAGACACAUGCAGACACUCCUAAAAUGAAUGAAGUGAAGAAACCUGUAGUUAAACCUGUAGAGGAACCAUUGAAGACACAUAGGAACCAUUGA